UUCAACCCUUUCAAUUUCUUUUUCCACGCGCGGCUGGAUCUUCCCGAGGAACUUGAGAUCUCAGAGCUGCUGCUGAAGAACGUUCGCAAGUUUUGCUUCAACUUUUUCUGAAUUGGCAGUCUCUUUUAAAUUUUAAUCUUUUUUUCUUCUUAUUCUCGAGAGAACACCAAUAAUCCCUCCUUUUUUUUCUUUUUUGGCUCUAUUGUUUUGGUAUACAUACAUAUAGAGGAACGACCACUGUCAUGUAUAAGAAGUUGAUGAAGUUUCAUAUAGGGAGGGGUCUUUGGAACAAAUCCAUGUCGUAGCUAAGGCAUCUGCAAGUGAGUAUUAGCUGAAAUUGGAAUCAGAAAAUUGGCUCAUUUUGAUUGGUUCUUUAGGUUUGUGAGAAAAGCAAAUGGCUUCUGGGAAAGGCCCUUUUAAAAAGGGUCAACCUUCGAUUAAGCAUAGUUGCAACUUCGCUGAGGCUAAGAGGAAGCUGUCAAAGAUCAGUGAUCAUGAACAUGUUGAGUAUCUUCCCCAGAGGCACACCAGAUCAAGAGGAUCUUCAAAGUUGAGUCAAAUGUUGAGCAGAGAUGCGCUGAUAUCAGCAGUUGACUUGAUGUGGGAUCGCUCCGAUAGAACAGGUUCGCCUGCUGAAGAAGAGGCUAAUAAGUCUCAGUUGGUGAGAGUUUCCGAGAAGAUGUGCUAUAGGCAAUCUUCGGAGGCUAGAUGGGAGAGAGACAAACUGUACAGCUGGAUGGAAGGAGUAGCUCCCUCUAUUACCAGGCUUCAUAAGGGAGAUGCUGAGUUUGAGAAGAUAGAAAGUUGCUAUGCUGAGGAGGGCCACUCAAAUCCAAGGGGUCCUCUUUUAGAACCAUCCAGAUCUAUGGAUGCCAACUCUCUCUUUCUACUUUACAAAGAUAGGUGUGCCAAUAAGAGAGGAGUGAACAUAAUAAGCUCCAGAUGUAGUAGCACGGACUGCCCUUCUAAGCUUUCUUCUCCUUCAGGGACUAACCCACGCGAAGACACCUUAUCCAUGCUUGAGGGAGAUAGAAAAGACCUAGAGAAUGAAGCUUGUUUGUCCUCUACUUACGCCUUUGCUAAACAUCGGCAUGCUUUUGCCGGUGCCUUGGCUGGUGUCAGCGUCAGUCUUUGUCUUCACCCACUUGAUACAGUCAAGACAAUGAUUCAAUCAUGCCGCUUCCAAGACAAGUCUCUAUGCUAUACCGGGAGAUCAAUCAUAUCUGAAAGAGGUGUUUCUGGACUUUAUCGGGGGAUUGCUAGCAACAUUGCCUCAUCAGCUCCUAUCUCUGCCCUUUAUACAUUCACUUAUGAAUCAGUUAAAGGAGCUCUGCUCCCUGUUUUCCCUAAGGAAUAUUGCUCUCUUGCCCACUGUGUAGCCGGGGGUUCCGCAAGCGUUGCAACUUCUUUUAUCUUCACGCCAAGUGAGCGUAUCAAACAGCAGAUGCAAGUCAGUUCACAUUAUCGCAACUGCUGGACUGCAUUAGUUGGAAUCAUCCAGAAAGGUGGUCUACUUUCUUUAUAUGCUGGAUGGAGUGCAGUGCUUUGUAGAAAUAUCCCUCACUCGAUCAUUAAGUUCUAUGUUUAUGAAAACAUGAAGCGAAUGGUAUUACCAUCCAUAGGUCCUUGUGGUCAAGCGGCUCAACCCACAACAUUGCAAACGCUCGUCUGUGGAGGACUAGCGGGAUCUGCUGCUGCCUUUUUCACAACCCCAUUUGAUGUAGUGAAAACAAGAUUACAAACUCAGAUUCCUGGAUCUAAGACCCAACAUCCUAGUGUGUAUCAAGCUCUUCAAUCAAUACGGAAACGAGAAGGUCCACGAGGGCUAUACAGAGGUUUGAUCCCCAGACUGGUGAUGUACAUGUCCCAAGGAGCUAUAUUCUUUGCUUCAUAUGAAUUUUACAGGAGUAUACUCUCUCUAGAAGAUCUCUCUGCUCGCUGGCACAAAACAAAAGAUGGAGAUAACCCUAACCCAUUAUAGGACAAAGAUUGUAACACUUUAAUCAUUACCAUUUUUUGGGCUAUGUAACUAUUGAUUUGAUGAAAAUUCAUUUGUUCAAAGUACCUUUUUUGACCGGGGAGAGAAAAGAGGAAGAUGAUCUCAUUA